ACACACACACACACACACACACACACACACACACACACACACACACUGCAUAUCACUGCCACAGUACAAGUAAAAUUGAAACAGGCAGAAAACAAACAGCUGAGAAGUAAAACUGAAGUCGCACAGAAAGUGAUCUACUUUGAGGAAGGCUUAAUAACUGCAGAAACUGCCUUGUACUGACAGAAGCUGAAUGAUGGCGUGCUGGUUUGAUUCUUACUAUGUAACAAUAUUUCUCCUAAUGGUGACCACAGCAGAACACGAACCGUGUAGAAAACUGAAGAGUGUUGAGGCACUGCUGAAUUCAGUAGUUACACUUAAAUGCCCUUUAACACCAGGGUUCACAGAUGUCACUUGGGAAGUUCUUGAAGGCGAAAGCGCAGAAAAGGUUGUUUCUGGAAAAAACUGUUCCUAUUCCUGCAACAUCGACGGCAAUAACAAUAAAGACCAGAAACCUCUAUGUAAAAUGAGAACAGUGUCAGAUAUACAAAAAGGAACUGGAUCACUGAUUAUUAGUCAUGUGAAGAACACAGAUGGGGUUUGGUAUCGAUGCUCAGUGAAAAACACCACCUGGUCUAAAUGUUUUGAAGUAAAGAUUACUGUAAAAGAAGAGCCUCAACUUCACAGUGAGAUAACAGAAUGCAAAACCAUUGGUCCAUUCAAAGCAGUGCUGAACUCAACAUUUAUGCUUCAAUGCCCUUUGGCCAAAUCACCUCUUGAUGAGGUAAUCUGGGGCUCUAUUGAAGGUCUGACUGUUCCUAUAACUCGCUGCACUUCAAGUGGAGCUUGCAUAUCAAGCGGAUCCCAGAAACCACUAUGUGAGAGAGCUAAAACAAUGAAGAAUGGGUCACUGGUUAUAAGUCCUGUGGAUUCUACAGAUUUCCAUUGGUUCCUGUGUGCAAAUGCAAAUUCCACAUUAUGCUAUCAAUUUAAACUCACUGCCGAAGGUGAAGGUAAUUCUGCAACACAAAGCCCACAGAUGCAAACAAAAAAUUAUACCAAAGUAACAAUUACCUCGGCAACAUUCAUUCUUCUGUUUGUGGCCAUGCUGGUUGGAGUGUGUAUGUGGAUCAGAAAACAAAAAAUGAAAAGAACACAGGAAGCACAGACAGCGGCGUACAAUGUUGGACACGCAGCUGGGAUGAGCGUAUCUCUCGCCCUGUGGGAUGCUCCACUCUCGCUAGUGGUCGACGAAGUAAAGCCUCAUUUCUGAAUUAGACCAUCAGUAUGAAGAUUUGGAAGACAUUUUACAAAAUGUUGCGCAAAGGCAGUAAGACACAUCAAAAUUCCAUUCUGUUCCCUAACCAUGUGUCUGUUUAAACGUUUUUUUGCUCCUGAACUAUUUUUUUUUUUUUUACUUUUUCCUUGUUGUUUGUAAUCAUAUUCGUAUGCAUACCAAAUAUGUCUUCAAAGUGCAUGUGCAGUCUUGAUAAUAUUAAACACCUAAAUGUAAGCUUAAAUAUGAAUUAACUUUGUGAUUUUAUAUGGUGUGUUGCAUCACAUUAUAGGAUAAUUUUAUCACUAUUAUGCAAUCCUAUUAACAAAUAAACUGAUUGAUGUCAACUACCUCAUCUAUUUAAAACAUCUAGUGAUCCUUAUCAGUGAGACUAUAGAUAUCAAUGUAAAAAAACAUACUCAGGAUGUUCUACAGUGGAUACCACUCAGGAAUUAUCACAGGCUUCAACAAUAUCAGCUUUUGGGAUGAAAGGCCUGACAUUCUAAUUAUGUAUCCUGCCAUGAAAACUCUGUGGAUAUUGUAAAGCCUCACACAUUACAGAAUGUAAAAGAAAAUGAGAUAGUACAGUAGUUAUAUUUAGUCAUCUUGGACCAAUAGUCAAUAAAAAUUGACAAGUAGCAAAAAAACAUAAUGACAAAUUCCCAGAUUGUCCAGAUCAAUUUGACAAAAUCUUUGACAAAAUUAAAUUUUAGUAACUCCAAUUAAAG